AUGGCCACCGACUUUGACCUCUCCCCGGGCUUCAUCUCGUCGCUCUAUAAACCCCCAGCGUUAUUGCCGAUUGCACAACAUCGCAAUAGCUUGCUUUAUGUCGUUGAAAAUUAUCCUGUAACCAUAGUCGUGGGACAAACGGGUAGCGGAAAGACUACCCAAUUGCCUCAAUUCCUUGACAAAGCAGGAUGGUGUGCAGAUGGAAAGCAGAUUGCAGUCACCCAGCCUCGCAGAGUGGCUGCUACAACUGUUGCGGCUCGGGUCGCCGAGGAAAUGAGGUGUAGUGUCGGCCAAGAGGUCGGGUAUUCAAUUCGGUUCGAGGACGUAACGUCUUCUGCAACCCGGAUAAAAUUCUUAACGGACGGUCUCCUGUUGCGAGAGGCUCUCGUAGACCCAUUGUUAUCUCGUUACUCUGUGAUUAUGGUCGACGAAGCCCAUGAGCGUUCCCUAAGCACUGACAUCCUUCUUGGGAUACUCAAAAAGAUCAUGAAAAAGAGACCGGAACUGCGGAUUAUUGUGAGCAGUGCAACGUUGCAGGCAGAGGAAUUUUUACGUUUUUUUGCAGAAGACCAGUUUAAUGCGGAGAAUGGAAGCGAAAUGGGCGGCAAAGUGGGAAGAAUUCUUAGCCUCGAGGGGAGAAUGUAUCCGGUUGAUUGCUUGUUUCUGGAGAGUCCGGCAGAAGAUUAUGUUGAGAGAGCUAUCAAGACAGUAUUCGACAUCCAUGCGGGGGAAACUAAUGGUGAUAUCUUGUUGUUUCUCACCGGAAGAGAAGAAAUAGAUCUUGCUAUCCAAAAAAUCUCGGAGCGUGCUGCCAGUUUACCCCCAAAAUCCCAGGAGUUACUGCCAUUACCCCUGUACGCGGGACUUACUACGGAACAGCAGCUCUAUGUUUUUGACCCUGCUCCUGAAAAUACCCGCAAAGUCAUAGUCGCCACUAAUAUUGCUGAAGCAUCCGUGACAAUCGAUGGGAUCGUAUUCGUUAUUGACUGCGGAUAUGCUAAGCUCCGUGCUUAUGACCCAAAUACUGGGAUCGAUACUUUAACGGCAGUGCCUAUCUCAAAAGCAUCUGCUUCCCAGAGAGCCGGGCGAGCCGGGAGAACAAGACCAGGCAAGUGCUUUCGCCUUUAUACCGAGGAAUCAUACGCAUGUCUACCAGAUGCCUCUGUUCCAGAGAUUCAAAGGUCAAACCUGGCACCGGUGAUUCUCCAGUUGAAAGCACUUGGGAUUGAUAAUAUCGUCCGAUUUGAUUUCUUCUCUAGCCCACCUGCGGAGCUUGUUGUUCGAGCGCUUGAGCUGCUCUACUCUUUAGGAGCUGUGGAUGAGUACGCAAAGUUGACCAAACCUCUUGGUAUUCACAUGGCUGAGCUUUCAGUGGAGCCUAUGAUGGCCAAAGUCUUGCUUAACGCCUCUACAUUUGGAUGCCUCAGUGAAAUUUUAUCCAUAGCAGCCAUGACGAGUGUUCAAGGGUCCGUUUGGUUUCAACAAGAGGGCGACAAAAAGGGUAUGGAAUCCGCGCGGAGAAAGUUUGCCGUGGAGGAAGGGGAUCAUUUAACAUAUCUGAAUGUGUACCAGGCCUUUGUCACCAAGGGAAAGAAAGACUCGAAGUGGUGCCGGGAGAACUCGCUAAAUUAUAAAUCGAUGCAAAAGGCAGUUAGCAUCCGUGCACAGCUUAAAAGAUACUUGGACCGCUUUGGAAUUCAGAUCGACGAAACCCUGUCCUCCCGCAAGUCUCAGCUGGCUACUACUGCGGAACAGAUACAACGGUGCCUCACAACGGGAUAUUUUGGACAUGCUGCUAGGAUGCAGCCAGACGGCACCUUUAAAACCAUAAGCGGAGGAGUAACCCUUCACGCGCAUCCGAGUUCGUUGUUGUUUAAUCGAAAGGCGGACUGGGUGAUUUUCCACGAGGUCCUGCAAACAAGCAGCAAGAUAUUUAUUCGGGAUAUCACUAAAAUUCAAAAGUCAUGGCUCCUUGAGUAUGCCUCUGACUAUUACCAGGUGAAAGAGUGA